GCCGGGCCGGGCCAAACCCAGCUGCUGCCGCGGCCUCCUUCUGUUCGCGUCCCCCCACCUGCCAGCGCGGAGUUGGCGGCGGCGGCGGCGGCGGCCCCGGGCUUUGUCCCCGCGCCUCCCCCCUCCCCCUCGCGGGGCGAGCGCCUGCGGCCCGGCCCGGCCCCGCCGCCCCUCCCGCCGCCGCCGCCGCCGAGCGCUCCCCUCCCGCUCGCCACCCGCCCGCCCGGAGGCGCCGCCGGCAGCGCCGCCCCCGCCCGCGGGGCCCGGGCCGUGCCGGGGGAGGAGGGGGAGCAGCGCCGCCGCCGCCGCCGCCGGGUCCGUCCCCCACCGCCUCCCCCGAACACCAUAGGCGGCUCCGGCACCAAGAUGUCCAACCGGGUGCUCUGCCGGGAGGCCAGCCACGCCGGCAGCUGGUACACAGCCUCAGGACCCCAGCUGAAUGCACAACUAGAAGGUUGGCUUUCUCAAGUACAGUCCACAAAAAGACCUGCUAGAGCCAUUAUUGCACCUCAUGCAGGAUAUACCUAUUGUGGAUCUUGUGCAGCCCAUGCUUAUAAACAAGUGGAUCCUAAUAUUACCCGAAAAAUUUUCAUUCUUGGGCCUUCCCAUCAUGUGCCCCUUUCCCGAUGUGCACUUUCCAGUGUGGACAUUUAUAGAACACCUCUGUAUGAUCUUCGAAUUGACCAAAAGAUUUAUGGAGAAUUGUGGAAGACUGGAAUGUUUGAGCGUAUGUCUCUACAGACAGAUGAAGAUGAACACAGUAUUGAAAUGCAUUUGCCUUAUACUGCUAAAGCCAUGGAAAGCCAUAAGGAUGAGUUUACUAUUGUUCCUGUAUUGGUUGGAGCACUGAGUGAGUCAAAAGAACAGGAAUUUGGAAAACUCUUCAGUAAAUACCUAGCUGAUCCUAGUAACCUCUUUGUCGUUUCUUCUGACUUUUGCCAUUGGGGUCAGAGGUUCCGUUACAGUUACUAUGAUGAAUCCCAAGGAGAAAUUUAUAGAUCCAUUGAGCAUCUAGAUAAAAUGGGUAUGAGCAUUAUAGAGCAGCUAGAUCCUGUAUCUUUUAGCAAUUACUUGAAGAAAUACCAUAAUACAAUAUGUGGAAGACAUCCUAUUGGAGUAUUAUUAAAUGCUAUCAACGAGCUCCAGAAGAAUGGAAUGAAUAUGAGCUUUUCAUUUUUGAAUUAUGCUCAGUCAAGCCAGUGUCGAAACUGGCAAGACAGCUCAGUGAGUUAUGCAGCUGGAGCACUUAUGGUCCACUGAACUGCUGAAUGCUCAGGGAUGGCACCUGCACACACUCUGUAUACGGGGUCCCAGCCUAGCCCUUACAAAGAUACAGUCCCUGGUCUUUGGGUAUACUGAAACCUCAAACUAAUAGAACUCUCUUCUUUUCUAGUAGGUGUAGUCCUUCCUUAGUUUCAACUCAUUUAAAAAUGCUUUCUUGUUUAGGACAGUGGAAGGAAGGCUGGUAUCAAAACAUUUUGUGAUUUUUAAAAAAGAUAAUAGCUAUAAAGGCAUGGUGGCAGACAGUCCUUUUACAACAUGUAAAGCAUUUACCAUAUUCUAAAUUUGCACUCUUCGCAGACCUGUGCACAUGUACUCAGCUUUCAGAAUAGUUUUGCAAGUUGUAAACAGAAAAAGGGGUGGAAGCUUUUUAAUUAAAAAAAAAAAAGAGAGAGAGAACAACGCAUUUAUAAAUGAUCCUGUAUUAGAAUAUAAUAAAACUCCAGUAUAGUCAGUUACUACCCAUGAUGUACAACAGAUAUCUUCUAUUUUAGUUGCUAAUAAAGGGCUACACAAACCAAAAUAGUCUGAUUUAAACUUAUUGCUUUGUUUUCUGUAUGUGACUGCUUGUCAUUAACAUCCUUUAUCCUCAGUUCUUAUGCUUGAUAACUCAGCCAUUCUGUAAAAUACUUUAGAACGUAUUUUAUAUUCAACAUUUGCUAUGACUACUUCAUUUACAGAUUUUUUUUAUCUUAUGCCUGCACUAUGAGUUCAGCUGUGCAAAAGAACUUUGAAAGCCUUUUGUAUAUUUUCAUUCUUUUUGUUUUACAAAGUUAUCUAUAAAAUAUCUUUUGGUAUAUGAUACAAAUUUGUAUCAGAAAUACAGUUUUAAUGAUUUUUAUGAUCAGUUUGAUUGUUAAAGUGAAAUGGAUGCAGUAUUUUUAUUUGAAGUGAUUUAAUAUUGAAAAUAAUAGCUGGAAAUGAGAAUUCUUAGAGUAUCUAUCAAGCAUUCAUAGGCCACAGAAGGCAUACAGUGCUAAGCUCAAGCAGUUAUUCCUCAAAGAUUUAAUUGGGAGGGGAAAGUAAGGCUUCUCUCUCAUUGUGUGGGGUGUUCUUUUUUUUUUUUCCCCCCCUUUUUUAAUUCUUUGACUGGGGGUAAAAUUGUUUCGUAUUCUUUAAACAUCACAACAUCUUAAGAGUUCUUGUACUUUCUGCUAGCCAAAAUAAUGGUGUAAUUGUUUGAAUUACUACUAUUCCUGAAGACUUCCUUUCAUUCUAAUAAGAAAUGCAAAAUAGAAUGGCAUUACUGGCUCAUUGUCUAAAUGGAGAUUUCAUUCCCUGAUACUUGACCUGCUGUCAAGCAACCUCCUUUUACAUUCAGCUCUUUUGGGUAAGAGAGGGGAAUUUCAGAAUUCAAUUUAGAUUAUCUUUAAAAGUUGUGGGCAUUGCUGCAUGCAAAGUCUUCAGCUGAAAGCAUACCAGAAAUCUUGAUAUUCUAUUAAAAUACUGAGUACCCUUUUUGUAAACACUACUUUUGCUUGCACCACUUCUAUUUUCCUUAUCAUAGAUGGCCACUACUUUAAUAAAAACAGGUGAAUGCUCCAUUUAUAAAAUGAGCUACUUUGCAGAUGUUCUGAAUUAAUCACAAAUGCCAGACUUCUUUGCAUGUUCUUUCUUUUACUUGCCUUAUUGCUCUACCUUGUUCUUGAAAAUUCUCAGCAGCAGACAGGAAAAAUAACUUUCAGAUUAUUUUUGACAGCCUUGCAGAAAGAAUGUGCAAGCAAAACUGAACUGGUAGCCAGUCUUUAUAAAUACUUGUCUGACUGUGCCUUAUUAAAGUCAUUUGAUCAUAAAGAUUUUUUUCUUUUUCAUCUUUGGUGAAUACAAAUUUAAUUAGACUCAAAUUUCUUUCAGUCUUAAUGCCAACUGCUUAAUGUCAUUAUUGAAAUGCAUAGUUAAUUGGAAUGAUUAAGUAUAUACAUUUUCCCUAAGGUAAAUAUGGUAAUAGCUUCUGAAUACAAAUAUUUAAGUUGCAUCUUUAGUUCUGUAAGGUAAUUUUAAUAAAAACAAACAUAACUGGAAGAACCUCAAGGAAAUUCAUCAGUCAUUUUGCUCAGCACAAUGUUAUGAAAUAUCUUACAGUGAAAGCACUUCACUUGUAAAUUGUGUAAUGUAUUUCAAAAUAAAGUUUCUAAUUAAAAUGGGAA